UGGAACCGGAAGCAUGAAUCAUAGCGGUGUUUACGUACGAAUUAAAAUUACGUGAUUGUGACAAUCAUAUUUUUAAAUUUAAGAUGACUGACUCUGUUAGUUGCAUCUUCUGCAAAAUAGCAAACGGGAAUGAUGAAGAGACAGAGCUCCUGCAUAAGGAUGAUACGCUAGCCGUUUUUAGAGACAUUAGACCUGCAACUCCUCAUCAUUUCCUUGUAGCGACUACUGAGCAUAUUCCUGACGCAAAAUAUCUCAAGUUCGAACACCUUGGUCUAGUCCAAAGAAUGGUAGAGGUCGGGAAAGAUGUUGUUCAGAAACAAGGGGGAGACAUAAAUGACUUAAGAAUGGGGUUUCAUUGGCCGCCGUUUCAUGCCAUAUCUCAUUUGCAUCUGCACGUGAUUUCGUCAACCAAUCAAAUGGGAUUUAUUGCAAAGGGUAUUUUUAUGGAACGCGCGUUUUGGUUUGCAAAGGUUGAGUGGUUGAUAGACAGGCUGACCAAGAAGGAGGAGAAAAUCCAGUCUACUAGCAAUGAAACUUGACCAAUGUUUUAGCAGGAUUUUUAUUACAUAAUGACAAUUUAUAAUGUAUAGAGGUACUGAAGACAGUUGUACUUGGAUAAUAAAUAUAUAUAUUUAUAAAAAAAAUAAUUACGAUAAUAAGAAAAUGUUAUUUAAAAAAAUUACCCUCGUUUUCACGUUCCUUGUUUCUUUUUCAAUCUGUGACAGCCACAAAACACACAAUUAUAAGCAUUGGAAAUACACGAGUGUAUUCUUUAAGAAUGCGGCGCCUGUUCGUUUCUUAGCCUCAGUAUAAACAAAUACUUGUAUUCUUGAUGAAUUCAGAACCCAUUGGUUCGGACGAUGUUAUCAAUAUAAGUCAAUAAAUCUAAUCGAGCCUG